GCGGUUUGUUUCCGACGCCUGUAUGUCAGUUGGGCUUGUCACUUGAACUCUUGUUGUUAGUUUUAUGACUAAUCGCGAAAAUAAACUAGGCCUUUUCUUAUCUGGUGUUGACUUCUUCAAAACCCGUUUUUUAAACAACGGUCAAGCCGUUUUUCGUCCCAUUUAUAAUCCCCGUUCUGUGGACAGCCCCUCGUCAGAAAAGGAUCAACAAGUUUAAAAGACUCAAAAUGUCUUCAAAGAGAAACAGGAGGAAAGAGGAAGUACCAUUGCGAUACACCAAAAAUCAUUGGAAUAGGAUUUUCAACACAUACGAUCACGACCAUGAUGGAAAAAUUCCUAUAUCCCAGUUUACGCUGGAACUAACCAGGGAUAAUAACAUUGACCGUGAUGUCCUUGAAGAUUUGUUAAGGAAAGCAGAUGAAAACGGCGAUGAUUUCAUUACUUUUCCAGAAUUUUAUCAGUUGAUCAAAAGCAGAGAAGGGACAACGGUGAAAAGGAUCUUUUCAAAUUAUAUUAUUCAUACAAUUCCGGGUAGAAGGCAAAUUGUGAGAUCUGAUGAAAUUGACGGGGAAUACGAAGAGGAGUAUUCUUGUACACCACCAACAUUAUGCAUGAUAAUUGUUAGUUUAAUAGAGAUAGGUGUGUUCAUUUUUGAUUUCUAUAAUCAAAGAGGUGCAAAUGUUACCAAUACACCUGCUUCACACCUAUUUAUAUACAAUCCCCACAGAAGGAAAGAAGCUUGGCGGUUUUUAACUUACAUGUUUGUUCAUGUUGGAUUUUUUCAUUUAUUGGUGAACGUUGUUGUUCAACUGCUGCUCGGGAUUCCGUUAGAAAUGGUCCAUGGCUGGUGGAGAGUGCUUGUAAUUUAUUUGGCCGGUGUAUGCGCUGGAUCGCUUGGCACAUCAAUCGCUGACCCUUCGGUCUAUCUAGCCGGAGCUUCUGGUGGUGUUUAUGCCAUUAUUACUGCACAUAUCGCAACUUUAAUAAUGAAUUGGUCUGAAAUGCAGUUUGCAAAGUGGCAGCUAAUUGUAUUGCUUACAUUAAUUACAUUGGAUGUUGGAUCUGCAGUGCGAAAUCGUUACGUUCUUCAUGUUAACAUGCAAAUUGGCUACGCUGCGCAUUUAGCCGGUGCAAUCGCUGGAUUUUUGGUUGGAAUAUAUGUUUUGAGAAAUUUGCAUGUAAGAUCAUGGGAAAAGACGCUCUGGUGGUUUGCAUUGUUCCUGUACCUUGUUUUAAUGGUCGCCGGUAUAGUUGUUAACAUCGUUUUCCCAAGUUAUUUUCCAGAACAAACAGUUUAGUUGAAUUUUUUUAAAGCUAAGUACAAAUUUUCUGGGCAUACUUUUUAUUUUAAGCAAAAGCUCGAAGUUCAUAUUACUUUAUUAAUUUCUUAUAAGGUUUUUAUCUUCCUUUUAUUGUCUGUAAUCAUAAUUAUGAUGUGAUUUAUAAUUUACCAAUGAAAGCUUGGGAUUAUUAACAUUUCUUUUUAUGUACAAAUUUAUUGAGUAUACAUUUAUGCAAAUAUAUGCUUGAUGUUCUUUUUGCUUUAUUAUGCAUAUCUUAUCAGGUUUUUAUUUUAUUUUUAUUACUAUAAUCAUAAUUAUGAUUCUAAUUUUUUUAUGAAUUUAAAUGUGUUAGCAUCAAUAAAUUUAUUUAUAAUAAAUUGCUCAAUUGCGGCACUGCUUCUCUGUUAGUGAGCAAGUGACGCUUGUAAGGUGUAGUAUUCUUGGUUUGUAUUUUUUAUUAUGUUUGAAACAUAAUUUAUUAUGUAAUUGCAUUUGAUAUGUUGAUGGGUAUAAUUGCUCAGUGAUGCCACGGCCGAUUAGUGCCGCUUUUUUCUAUCGACAUUCGCUAAAACAAUGUCUUAAAUGUUUUUAUAUGUAUUAUCUUUUAUAUAUUUGCUUAUACAUUUUUAAGAGUAAUGAUUAUUAGCAUAAUU